UGCAACGUAUACAUCGCAUUGCAUUGCAUUGAUGUGAAUUUUGUGAACACGGUGUGUGUGUUUGUGCUUUAAAACGUUUAUUAUACAUUAAGUGCAUGUGGAAUUGAGUUCUUAAUAUGAGGAAUCGAAUGUUUUUGUUUAUGUUUGCCAAUCUUUUAUUGCUUGGCGUGAGUUUGUGGCAUGCAAAUGCAUUCAAAGUGAUGGAUCAUGACUUAGAAGUAGCUGCAUCCGGUAAACAUGAAGCAUGGGAAAAAGGCGAUGAAGAAGAUUUCUUUGGCGAAGAGGAGUCGGAAAAGGGAGAAAAAGGCGAGAAAGGAUACGAAUCAAAGCACGGAGAAGAGAAAGGUGAAAAAGGUCAUCACGACAAAGAAGAAGACGAGGGAGAAUAUGAAGAAAAGAAGGGGCAUAAGAAGAAAUAUCACGACGAUGAAGGGUACCAUCAUAAGCACGAAGAGGGUGAUAAAGGUGAAAAGGGGAAGAAAUUCCAUGAAGAAGGAAGUUUCAAGAAGGGCCAUUCCGACAAAGGUCACCAUGUAAUACAUAAAGGCGAAGAAGACGAGAAAAAGACAAAGUUCUUUGACGAAGAUGGCGACGAAGCAUACGAUGAAAAAGAUGGUAAAUUCCACGAGGAAUUUGGAUCCAAGAAGGGUGGUUCAUUCAAGAAAGGACAUAAAAAAGGCUACCAUGAGGAGAAGAAGGGCGGCAAAAAGGGUGGCGGAAAGAAGGGCCAUCAUGAUGAAGAAGAAAAAGGUUGGCAUUCAAAGAAGGGUGAAGAAGGCGAGCACGGCGAAAAGUCUGAACAUGGAAAGAAAGGAGGCGAUAAAAAAUUCAAAAAGUGGGGACAUAAAAAAGGCCACUGAAAAAUACAUAAUGAUCUGAUAAUGGAAUGCUUGAAUUGUGCCUGUGAUAAUUGCUUGUUUGAAUGAAAUCACUUGAUCGGUCACUGAAA